GAUGAAAUUGAUGAACGCCGAGGAAAUGGAAGAGGUUAUCCGGAAACUGUACGCGCCGGUGCGCAACUUCACUUACCAGAGUUUCCAUGGUUACGUGUUGUAUUCGAAUUUCGCCAGGUAUCAGAAGGAGAUCGAAGAUCUCCAGGUGUACGACGAUGACGUCUGGGUGACCAGCUACCCGAAAAGCGGAACCACUUGGACUCAGGAAAUGGUGUGGUGCAUCUGCAACGAUUUGGAUUUCGAAGGAGCCAAACAAAAUAUACACGAGAGAUUUCCAUUUAUAGAUUUCGUGCAAAUCGAUGAUGGCGUUGCAGACUUACCGAAAUUCUUGAAACCUUUGGAAAUGCUGAAAGAAAUGCCAAGACCGAGAUUCAUCAAAACGCAUUUACCGUGGGAUUUAUUGCCAAAACAGAUUAGAACUUUCGAAAAGAGACCUAAGAUAAUUCACGUUGCGAGAAAUCCCAAAGACGUCUGCGUCUCCUACUAUCAUCACAUGAAGAUGUUCAACGUUUUCCUAGGCAACUUCGAACAACAAUGGCAAUUGUUCAUCAACGACAAACUGGUUUCGUCGCCGUUCUUCAAAAACGUUCUCAGCUACUUCGACCGAUGCGACGAAUCUAACAUUCUGUUCAUCAAGUACGAAGAUCUGAAGAAGGAUUUGGGUAAAUCCGUUUUACAAGUUGCUGAGUUCUUAGGUGUUGAUUUGAGUGAAGAUCAAGUGGAGAAGUUGAAGGAACACUUGAGUUUCGAAUCGAUGAAGAACAAUAAGGCUGUCAAUCAUACGGAGUUUAUAGAUUACGUCAGGACUGCAAAUCCGAAGUGUUCAGGCGGUGAGUUCAUCAGGAAGGGAAAAGCUGGUGGUUACAAGGAGGAAAUGGACGAAGAAGUUGUUAAGAUUUUCGAUGAAUGGAUCGAAGCGAAUCUUUCCAACACGAAACUCCGAUUUGACUGUUAAA